GUAACGCUCAUUGGUUUUAUCAUUGCUUAAUUGCUUUACUUAUACAAAUAUAAUUCAUAUUUCUAUAUAUCUUUGCAAAAACAAGGAAUUCAUACUUUAACACAUAUAAUUUAUAUACUAGUAAAUCCUAUAAAGUGCAUUAAAUUAAGGCGAUAAUAGUCUAAAGAAAAUGUGUUUGAAUAAGUGAACACUUCUGACAUUGAUUCAAGAAAUUGACAAUGGAUUGGGCUUUGUGGACUUUAGUUGUUGCGGGAGGCACAAAAUCAACGGGAAUAGGCAAAAAUAGCUAAGACAUGAAUAACCAUGAUUCAACCUGAUAGAAUAAAUAUAUACAAGUAUUGACCAUGGCUACAGCAGCGCCAUCAACCGAGCGGGUCUAUCUUUUCCGCCUAUUAACUCUAACUGUAGAUUGCGGCACUACAGUAAUUAGGAAGAUAUUCGACCAUAGAAGCUCGAAUGCUCCACUAACGGUGCUCCUGACUAACGAGAAGCCAACCAUUACUCGCCUUAAAACACAGAAAGCAAUUACGAAUGUCCAAUUCGACUUGUUGUAUCCAUCAAGUGGUCAAGCUCCAACGUCAGCCGAUUUCGACCUAAGUCUUUCCAUAUGCUUGCUGAGAAACCUUAGACCAUGUGGUUUGAAUAGGAAGUUUGAUUGGAGUUCUCCACCUAUUCCAGGGGACACUUCACUUGAGGCAGAUAUAUGUCGGCUGAAAACAUUUCGUAACGAACUGGCACAUAUAUCAACAACAACAGGCAUCAGCGAAGCAACCUUUCUUAACAAAUGGGCUGACAUCGAGAAGGUCCUCUGCAGACUGAACGCAUCUGUUCCAAAUCCUGUUCAAAAUCUUCAGCAAACAAUUCAAGAUUAUAAAAAUAGUCCACUAGAUCCCGCAACAGAAGAAAAAGUAGAAAAGGAAAUAGAGAAGUGGCAAGAAUUUGAGAAAGAAUUGGAAACUAAAGUACAGCAUGUGCAAGAAAAAAUGACUGACAUGAAAGAAGAUAUUUGCGCCAUAAAGGAUGAUGUUGCUGACAUGAAAGGGAAUAUUAACGACGUAAAGGAUAAUAUGGACGAUAUGAAAGGAAAUGUUGACUUAUUAAAUGAUGAUGUCAACAAAGUUAAGAACGAAUUGGAACAAUUAAAGAGUACUAAAGGCGGAUCAGAGAGGGAAGUGCAGGGAAUGCCGAGCAUAUACCAAAUAAAGAAAGGUAAUGUAACAUUUGUGAUAGCAGUCACCUAAGAUACUAACUGGACAUACUGGAUCUUUGUUCAUGUUUAAAGUUCCUUGCCGUUUCUGUCAAGUUGCUUGAUAAACAAUAAUUGACUGGUGAAAUUAAAUGUCUUAAGCUCCGACAAAUGCUUUCUAUGGUUAAUAAUUUGUCUGAACAAAAAUUCUUGGUUGUUUAAAAAGAGCAUUACUUUGCAAAUUGGAUUUCUGUAAAUGCAGUUCCAGAUGUCAAGUCAAUAUCUUAGGUAACUAAUAAUUUGACAUAAUGUCUGUAGUAAUGCUUAAAGGUUUCUAUCUAUUAGAAAUGUUUGACAAAACAAGAAAAUAGUCUAAUCAACAGUGAGUUCGAGGUUUGUAAUCUAAGUUAUUUAUCAAUUAUAUUGACCAUGAUAAUCUAUUUGCUCAGCAUGUAUGCUUACUACGGGCAUUUAAGUCGUUAUUACCCAUUUUGAUAACAUGAAUAACAUUAAGGAUUCGCUUGAUAUUUGCGGUUUUGAAAUUUGAACA